GAUGGAGUAUGAGAAUAGGAUUAGAGCCUACUCCACUCCAGACAAGAUCUUCCGUUACUUCGCCACGCUGAAGAUCAUCAGUGAGCACGGAGAUGCAGAGGUCUACAUGACUCCACAGGACUUUGUCCGUUCCAUCACCCCCAACGAGAAACAGCCAGAGAACCUGGGUCUGGAUCAGUUCCAGGUGAAGCGAUAUGAUGGAAAGAAGAUUUCCCAGGAGAGGGAGAAGUUUGCGGAUGAGGACAGUAUCUUCUUCACACUGGGAGAGUGUGGUCUCAUCUCCUUCUCUGAUUACAUCUUCCUCACCACCGUGCUCUCUACGCCCCAGAGGAACUUUGAGAUCGCCUUCAAGAUGUUCGACCUGAAUGGAGAUGGAGAGGUGGACCUGGAGGAGUUUGAACAGGUCCAGAGUAUCAUCAGGUCUCAGACCAGUAUGGGAAUGCGUCAUCGGGACCGUUCCACUACGGGUAACACCCUGAAGACUGGCGGCUGCAGCUCCGCUCUUACCACAUACUUCUUCGGUGCCGACCUGAAGGGCAAACUGACCAUCGGCCAUUUCCUGGAGUUCCAGAGGAAACUGCAACACGAUGUCCUUAAACUGGAGUUUAUGCGUAACGACCCAGUGGAUGGGUGCAUAACAGAGAGACAGUUUGGAGGCAUGCUGCUGUCCUACAGUGGAGUCCAGUCACGUAAACUCAAACAGAUGCAGAAGGGACUCAAGAAGAUGUUCAAAGAUGCUCAGGGCAUUACCUUUGAGGAGGUGGAGAAUUUCUUUACCUUCCUGAAGAAUGUGAAUGAUGUGGAUACAGCUCUGAGUUUCUACCACAUGGCCGGAGCCUCCAUCGAUAAAGCCACGAUGAAGCAGGUGGCUCGUACGGUGGCCAAAGUGGAGCUGUCGGAUCAUGUGUGUGACGUCGUGUUCGCUCUGUUCGACUGCGAUGGUAAUGGAGAACUGAGUAAUAAGGAGUUUAUAGCCAUAAUGAAGCAGCGUCUGAUGCGAGGUCUAGAGAAGCCUAAAGACAUGGGUUUCACCCGGUUGGUACGAGCCAUGGUGAAGUGUGCCCAAGACACAGCAUGGGACUUCGCCAUGCCAAAACAGAAUUAGACACCUGUGUGUGUGUGUGUGUGUGUCAUGCCCAAGCAGCAUUAAGGAUGGGAGGGAUGUGUGUGUGUGUCAUGCCCAAGCAGCAGUAAGGAUGGGAGGGAUGUGUGUGUGCUUGGGCAGGCGUGAGAAUGCAAGUGUGUGUAUUCGGGUGACGAAAACUCUGCUCCUCCACACAACUCUAACCGUCGAUGAGGUCUUCUGGCUCUCUCUCUCUCUGUCUUUCUGUGUCUCUCUCUCUCUGUGUCUCUCUCUCUCUGUCUUUCUGUGUCUCUCUCUCUCUUUCUCUCUGUGUCUCUCUCUCUCUUUCUCUCUUUCUCUCUCUCUCUCUCUCUCUCUCUCUCUCUCUCUCUCUGUGUGUCUCUCUGUCUCGGAUUAAAAGCAUAUAGUUAAUUGGCAACAAUAGGUGUUAUAACUCAUAUCUGUUCACACCAAUUAAAGACAUCAAACUCAUUUUGACAUCAGCUCUGGCGUAAACAUAAUCUAUCAUGAUACUACAAUAUGGUUCUUUCUUCCCAAAUGACACCCUAUUCCCUAUGUAGUGCACUACUUUAGACCAGGGCCCUAUGGGGAAUGGCACCCUAUUCCCUAUGUAGUGCACUACUUUAGACCAGGGCCCUAUGGGGAAUGGCACCCUAUUCCCUAUGUAGUGCACUACUU